CUAACUUGUCUACAGUUGUUGAUCACGCUGAAGAUUUGGUUGGAAUGGAAUUAAAGACAACAGAAGAAGGCAAACUUGAUCUUGAUUCUACAAUGAUAGAAAAGAUCAAAGAGAUUAGUGUGGAUGUACAACAAAAGGAGCUGUUGAAUAUACUUAAAGACAAAGAGGAUGCCUUUGAAGAUAACAUGAACAAGUAUGAGCAACGUAUGGAAGAACUCAAAAAAGAAUUGGCUCUUGCUUCUGUUCCAAACAAGCCUCAGCAAAAACUGACAACAUAUACUCUACGACGUAUUAUCCGUGACUUUGAAAACUCCAUAAGAAAUGCAGAGAAUCAAUUGAGCACUCUUGAAAAGACUGUGGAGAAAAUUCCAUCAAGAACAACUGAAUAAAUAUAUAUAAUCGACUCUUGUGCACACUAAAUAGAAAAAUAAUAAUUUCAAACAACAAAUGAUGUAAAUAAGAGCCCAACAGAAGUAAAAGAAUUGUUUAGUAUUUCAGUUAUUACAUUGAUAUUAAAUACUUGCAUUAAAAGAGAGUUUAUAAGAGAAAAAGGCUCCUAGCUAAUGUAAGAUUCAU